AUGUUCUUGUGUAGAUUUCAGACAGAACAGAAAAUAGAAAAGCAAAGGAGAGCAGCAACUGCAGAUCGAUCGCAGAGGAAACUACGGGAAUAUCUUCAUGAAGGUCCAACAGGAGCUGGAUGCUGUAAAAGAGUAUUUCCGAAGGCAGAUGGUCUGAAAAAUAUGUAUCCCGGUUUGAAAGAAUUUGAAGGGGGUGAGAGAGAAUGA